AUGGCCACGGAGCCUCCUCCUGCGGCGGGGCCCGGCUGUGCGCGGCGGCAGAGCCAAUCGGGGCGAGGGAAGCUUGUGAAUAAUCAGCCCCGCAGCAUCCCCGCCACCUCCCGAGCGAGCUCGCCCGCCCCACCGAGGCCUCCCCGCAGCCGCCCGGCCGCCCCUGGGACCGGGGUGCCCGUCCCACCUCUGCGGCUGCAGCACUCGGGGACCUCCGUCGGGGCCAGCCUUUGGUCCUCGGGGCCGAAACGGCAGCAGGGCGAUGCCUCCCGGGAUCGUGGAGACUUUCCGGGGAACUUCCAGCUGGAAUUCCCCGGUGAUCGCCGGGAGCGGGGUCGGACUGUCACCGGCAGGGCCCCCAAAUGCUGCCGGGGCUGUGAAAACGCCCCCGGUGUGCCGAGCAUCCAACACCGCACGUCCACCGCUGGCGCACCGGGGAUUCACCCGGUCCCAGGGAUGUGCCGGGGCAUCACUCCCUCCCCGGGGCAUCAUCCCCGGCUGCACUUCCCCGCUCCCCCGUGUACCCAGCACCCAGCACCGCUAGGCUACUGCCAUCACGGCGUCUCCCGGGGAUUUGCAGCAUCCCGGGGCACCGGCGCCUCCCGAAGCAUUACCGCUCCCCGGGCGGCAUCCCACCCGACCGCCCCCGGUGCACCGGUGCACGCGGCCCCUCCCGAGGCAUCUCCCGACCCGGGGCGGGGGGGGCGGGUCACCCCUCGCCGUUACAUAAGGGGUUACGUCAGGGCGCGCGGCCCCGCUCUUAUCCCGCCGCCGCCGCCGCCGCCGCUGCCGCCCCGCCCAUCCCAUUCCAUUCACACGACGCCGCCGCCACCGCCGUCGCUCAGCGCCUGGCCCGGAGCCCCCCGCCGCCAGCGCCGCGCCGCAGCCGCGCUGGCGGCGCCGCGCCCUGGCGGCCGCGCGCGGGGCCGCAGGCCCGGGCGCCCCGCUCCGAGCCCCGUCGCGGCGGCGGCGGCGAGGAGAGGCCGGCCCCCGGGUGGGCGGCGGCGGCGGCGGGCGGUGCCUCGGCCACCCCCCGUGGCGGCGGUGGUUCGCGCCGCGCGGCCGCGAUUGGCCGGGCGCUUAAAGGGGCCGGCAGCGCGCGCUUUUCCGCCCCGCGGCGCGGCCGCGGCCCCGGCGCGUGCCCCCUCGCCCGCGCGGCGCUGCCCGGCACGCGGGGCGGGCGGGGGGGGGGACAUGGACGGCGGCCGCCGCGGGACACAAAGAGCGGCGGCAACGGCGGUAACGGCGGGGCGGCGGCGGCGCGCGGCGAGGCGCGGGGCCAUGGCGGCGGCCGCGGCGGGGCCGGGCAUCGGCGGCGGCGGCGGCGGCGGCCCGCGGUACAGCCUGCUGGCCGAGAUCGGCCGCGGCGCCUACGGCGUGGUGUACGAGGCGGUGUCGGGCCGCAGCGGCGCGCGGCUGGCGGUGAAGCGGAUCCGCUGCGACGCCCCCGAGAACGUGGAGCUGGCGCUGGCCGAGUUCUGGGCCCUGACGAGCCUGCGGCGGCAGCACCCGAACGUGGUGCGGUUCGAGGAGUGCGUGCUGCAGCGGCACGGCCUGGGGCAGCGCAUGAGCCACGGCAACAAGCGCAGCCAGCUCUACCUGCGCCUCGUCGAGACCUCCCUCAAAGGUGAGAGGAUCCUGGGCUAUGCAGAGGAGCCUUGCUACCUGUGGUUCGUCAUGGAGUUCUGUGAAGGGGGAGACCUCAACCAGUACGUGCUCUCCCGAAGACCCGACCCGGCGACCAACAAGAGCUUCAUGCUGCAGCUGACCAGCGCCAUUGCCUUCCUGCACAAGAACCACAUCGUCCACCGGGACCUGAAACCAGACAACAUCCUGAUAACAGAGAAGUCUGGCACCCCCGUGCUCAAGGUGGCCGACUUCGGGCUGAGCAAGGUCUGCGCUGGCCUGACCGCUCGGGGCAAGGAGGGUGGGCACGAGAACAAAAAUGUGAAUGUGAACAAGUACUGGCUGUCCUCGGCCUGCGGCUCUGAUUUCUACAUGGCCCCCGAGGUCUGGGAAGGACACUACACUGCCAAGGCUGACAUCUUUGCCCUCGGCAUCAUCAUCUGGGCCAUGAUUGAGAGGAUCACUUUCAUCGACGCCGAGACCAAGAAGGAGCUGCUGGGGACCUACAUCAAGCAGGGGACCGAGAUUGUGCCCGUUGGGGAAGCGCUGCUAGAAAACCCAAAGAUGGAGCUGCACAUCCCUCAGAAACGCAGGACUUCCAUGUCUGAGGGGAUCAAGCAGCUCUUGAAAGACAUGUUGGCUGCUAACCCGCAGGAUCGACCUGAUGCCUUUGAGCUUGAAACCAGAAUGGACCAGGUUACAUGUGCUGCUUAAAUUCAGGGCAGGGCACUGCUGUGCUUUGCAGCUGGAUUUAUUUACCAGGGACCCAUAAUCUCCGUUAUUUACGUGCAACGAGGAAGUCAAAGAUAAGGGAAGAUGAUAAUACAGAAGAUCUCUGGCAAUGUGAAA